UGAACGGCUCGCCUCAGAAGUUGAGUUCGGGGCGGUCGCGGUCAUGGCGGUGAACAGGCCCCUGAGCCGUCGGACUACCCUGCUGGCAUGUUUGGUCGCUUUGGCCGCCAUGCCAUUGAGCUUCGUUGGCUACGCCGGCGUGCGGCCGACCCAAGUGCGGACGAACUCAGUGGCCCGACAAGCGAGGGGUCCCGUGCCCUCUGACACUGUGGAAAAGAAGAAACCCAGGGGCUACAAGAAGCAGCUCUUCAAGAGGAUGCCCAACAGCAACCUCAGCAUCGAGGCCAUUAUGAAAAGAAUCACCACAAUCUUGAUCAAGAACAUGGAGGAAGACUUCCGUGAUGCGCCCAUGAAGACCGUGGACCUCAUGAAGGAUGUGGGGCUCACCGGCAACCAGAUGAAGUCCAAGCGCUUCAUCAUUGAGGCCUUGCAGCUCCUGCAGGCGCAAAAGGUGGUGCAUAAGGUGAAGCAGAAUCCUGCCAGGUGGGAGAUUCAUGAGGAAUACCGAAAGUAUGGUGUGCCUCCAAUUAGCCGAAGCAAGCGUUCGCCAUGGAGUUUGACCCACCUCCUGCAGUUCAAGCGAACCAAGGCCCCCAAGUUCGGACCGGCCCAUGGCCUCUACCGACCCAAGGACCGCGACUUCCUCAAGUCUCGGGACCUUCCCUUGCAGGCCAUCUAUGAUCCCAUCGUCAAGCCUGACCCCUACAGCAGCGGCGACCUCGCAGACUUGGAUGUCAACCCACCACGCGCCAGGGAGGUGGACCCUGUGUUGUAUCAGGACAUGCUUCCAGAAGCUCCCAAGGACAAGGAUGGCAAGUUCGUGACCUUCGAUCAAGAGGCCGGCUGAGAAGGUCUUGACUGCCCCGCAGGAAGCAAAAUCUGAGAGAAGCUGCAGUUUUUCGACCCUUCCGAAACCAAGAAUCUUGGGGCACCAUGGACAUACCGAC